AUGUCAAAACAAGACUCACCUCCAGAUUAUACUAAUAGGGCAUCAGAUAACUAUAACCCACAUGAAACUGAUAAUAGUAUUCCUCCAGCAUUCACUCCUAAUUCUUUAGAAGUUCAUCCUCCACCAUUCUCCCUUUCUUCUCCACCACCACCACCUCCUCCUCCUCCUGAUCAACAUAAUUUUCAUGUUCCGGCAUAUUUUCAAAACCAAAUUACUCCAGCAUGGACAAUAGUAAUAAAUAAUCGAUUUUGGACUGAUGGAUUUAGGAUUUUUGUCUCUGAAGAUGCAUCAAAUAAGUUUGAUGCUUUCAAGAAAAGUAAAAAUCCCGAAAUAAUCCAAUUACAAGAACAAGGUAUUGGAGUACCAUUAUUUAAAGCUAUUACUUCAUAUAUCCCAUUGGCAACAAAAUUUAUAACUUUUAGAAGAUAUGUCCCUACUAAUUUACAUCCAUUUGAUAUUGAUAAAGAUUAUUAUGAUUAUUGUAUUGUUAAACGGAAAUUACACGUUGGUUAUGAUAGUUAUAUAUUUGAAUUUACUCCUGAUCCUAAACAACCAAAACUAAAUUUUCAAGUGAUAUUAUUUUCUCAUUCAGUACUACCUAUUCAUGAUUAUAUUUAUAAGGGAGAAAGACAUCGAUGGAUUGAUGAAUCAAAUUUAAGAAGAUUUAAGGAACUUUGGCAAGUUAAAUAUGGAUUCAAACAUACAUACUUAAUAGAUGGUCAACCGGCAUUAACUGAUAAUUGGGAUGGUCAAAGUGAUAAACUUAAUAAAAAUAAAAAAAAUCCUUAUUUAGAUAAUUUUUUUAAAAUGAAAUUUUCUAUACUGUCAAGAUAUCCUAAACCGGAAUAUUAUGGUCCACAUUGUACCGAUACAUUAGGAGAAGCUGAAGCUUUUUUCAAAUUAGGGUAUGCUGAACUUAAGAUUGAUGAUUUAGGUAAAGGAUAUUCACAAAAUGAUGAUGUUAAUUACGAAAGUAUUUUUUCAAUACCUGAAGAGGAAUUGGUAACAAUUUGUAUAGCAACGGUUUUGAAACGACAAAAAGAUAUUGAAGAAGAAAAGAAAAAUAGAAGGAGAAGAGCAAAUUAA